AGAGUAGCCUGAAAAGUGAAAAGUGAAAGCCUUGGAAUUACUGCUUUUUUACUAUGGAAUUAAUUGUUGAGAAGAAUGACAGUGCUUUGAAACUACUUCUUUCGGUGUAAGUUGGUGGCUUCUCUCAUCGCAGCUUCCAUUCCACCGUAUCGGGUUUCUGAAUUUUGAGGUCAUUUGUGCUGGUGGAUCGGCGUCGUUUUUCCGCCAUGGAAGGUAACAAGGAUGAAGCAUUGAGAUGCGUCCGAAUCGCCGAAGAAGCGAUUGCUUCAGGUAACAAAGAUCGCGCUCUCAAAUUCAUGAAAAUCGCUAAACGUUUAAAUCGCCAUUUAUCGCUUGAUUCCUUGUUCACAAAGUGCGAACGGCUAGAUUCUCAGUCCGCCGCCUCUUCCUCCGGCGUUGGCGCCUCGCCGGCGAAGGAUAAACCGGGGAGAACCAGAGAUGGUGGUUUGAGUGUAGAGAAGAGUUACACGGAGGAGAAUGUUAAGUUGAUUAGGGAAAUUAAAGGGAAAAGUGAUUACUACUCGAUUUUAGGUUUGGAGAAGAGUUCUUCUGUUGAAGAGAUUAGGAAGGCUUAUAGGAAACUGUCUUUGAAGGUUCAUCCUGAUAAGAAUAAAGCGCCGGGUUCUGAAGACGCUUUUAAGAAAGUUUCUAAGGCGUUUAAGUGUUUGAGUGACGAUGGUUCUAGACGAGAGUAUGAUCAAGGAGGGUUAGUUGAUGAAUUUGAAUCGAGUUAUAAUCAGCAAAACAGUUUUAGGCGGAGGAGGAGAAGGAAUACUACGAGUCAUGAUGUUUUCGAAGAGGAAUUUGAUCCUAAUGAGAUAUUUAGAGCUUUCUUUGGACAACCUGAUGUGUUUGGGAGGAGAAAUCAUGUUUAUACAACUCGGGGCGGCGGUGGAAUGGGUAAUCAACAUCAGAGGCACGAGGUUCAGGGUGGAGGAGGACAUUAUCUUAUGCUGAUGAUUCAGCUUCUGCCGUUGUUGCUCAUUGUGUUGCUUGCUUACUUGCCCUUUUCGGAUCCUGAAUAUUCCUUGCACAAGAACCAGUCCUAUCAGAUUCCAAAAGUCACUGAGGAUUAUGGGGUUCAGUUUUUCGUGAAAUCUUCGGCAUUUGAUGCUAAUUAUCCGAUUGGUAGUUCGGCUCGUGAGACCAUUGAGGAUAAUAUUAUAAAGGAUUAUAGGAAUAUGCUUCGUCGUUAUUGUCAAGUGGAGAUUCAGAGACGUACUUGGAAUAGGAAUCUGCCUGUUCCUCACUGUGAAAAGCUUCAAAAUUUUGGUGUUGUAGUUUGAAGGUAUUAGUUAAGGAAUCAUCCUGUCAGUUUUAUGUCGUUUAGAAUUGAUUGAGUGUUUUUUAAUGGAUCAAAAUUCUAAGUGUAUUUCCACUGCCUUUUAUUGGGUGCUGAUCAUGUUGAACUGAAAAUAGUUCUAAUAAACCCUUUAUCCCGUGUUA